ACCGCUAGUAAAAAUGCCGUAAAAUAUCUCUCUCUCUGUGCAAAUAUAUAUAUAUAUAUAGUUGGUGGUAGUGUAAAAGGAAAUAAGGUAAUUUAGAAUCAGCCAUUCAAGGCUCUGAAAUGUAUAUGAUAUUCAAGAAUUAUACAUAUAAUAUAUCUAGUUUUUUUUUUUUUUUUUUUCCAUUUUUUACACGUACAUUCGCCCCUGCGUUCAAGCAUUGAUCAUCGGUUAUGAUGAGGAAAGAGGCUGCAAAUGUGAGCGAAACGGAAACUCAUAAUGAAGUUCAAUUUGGGAAGUGUUGUUGCUGUGGAUUGACAGAAGAGUGUACAGAAGCGUACAUAAUGAGUGUUAAGGAGCGUAACCAAGGAAGGUGGCUAUGCGGACUCUGUGCCGAGGCAGUGAAGGACGAAAUGUUGAGAUCAUGUUCAUCGUCAUCAUCAUCAUCAUCAGAGAGAAGAAGGAUUGAAAAAGAUGAAGCUAUGAAUCGACACAUGACAUUCUGCAAGAAGUUCAGAGCAAAAAAUGUACCUCCAAAUGCCACAGAUGAUGAGUUGAUAUCAGCUGUGAAGCAGUUGAUGCUGAGGAGCCUGGAGAGCCCGCGGUCGAGUCCAAGAAGCUGUAGGUUACCGAGGACAUGACCCUAGAUAGAAUGAUGUGGAGGAUGCGAAUUAGGGUUGAAGAAUAGUAGAAAGGAGUGUGUCCUUGUUAUGAUAAGUAGCGUGCUUUGUUCUGGUGUCUGUGCUCGUAGUUGUAGUGCUACACUUGUACUAUCUUGUUUGUGGAGUUCUAGUGACGUUUGUGCUUUGUUUUGGUAUUUGUGCUAGUAGUCGUAGUGCUACGCUGGUACUGUCUUGUCUGUCGAGUUCUGAUAAUGUUAGUGCUUUGUUUUGGUAUUGGUGCUAGUAGUCGUAGUGCUACUCUUGUACUGUCUUGUUUGUGGAGUUCUGAUAAUGUUUGUGCUUUGUUUUGGUAUUGGUGCUAGUAGUCGUAGUGCUACGCUUGUACUGUCUUGUUUGUACAAUUCUGAUAACGUUUGCGCUUUGUUCUGGUA